AUGGAGAUCAUAACCACUGUGCUCCGCUACACGAGGGACCAGCUGGCCGGGCCGGGCCGCGAGGAGCCUCCGCGCCGCCAGCAGAUCAUCCACAGCGGCCACUUCAUGGUGUCGUCGCCACACCGCGAGCACCCGCCCAAGAAGGGCUACGAUUUCGACACGGUCAACAAGCAGACGUGCCAGACCUACAGCUUCGGCAAGACUAGCUCCUGCCACCUGUCCAUCGACGCCUCGCUCACCAAACUCUUCGAGUGCAUGACCCUGGCCUACAGUGGGAAGUUGGUGUCUCCAAAGUGGAAGAAUUUCAAGGGCCUGAAGCUCCAGUGGAGAGACAAGAUCCGGCUCAAUAAUGCCAUCUGGCGGGCGUGGUACAUGCAGUAUUUGGAGAAGCGCAAGAAUCCCGUGUGCCACUUUGUCACUCCACUAGAUGGCUCUGUUGAAGUAGAUGAGCAUCGCAGGCCAGAGGCCAUCACCACAGAAGGGAAGUACUGGAAGAGCCGCAUUGAGAUCGUGAUCCGGGAGUAUCACAAGUGGAGAACCUACUUCAAGAAAAGGCUACAGCAGCACAAGGAUGAGGACCUUUCCAGCCUGGCCCAGGAUGAUGACAUGCUUUAUUGGCACAAACGUGGGGAUGGAUGGAAGACCCCAGUCCCCAUGGAGGAGGACCCACUGCUGGACACAGACAUGCUCAUGUCGGAAUUCAGCGACACCCUCUUCUCAACACUUUCCUCACACCAGCCAGUGGCCUGGCCCAACCCCCGGGAAAUAGGUAACCCACCUCUAGAUCCUUGACUUUGAACACACAGGUUUCCUUCUCUGCCAGCGCCUCCCCAACCUGGCCCCCCAGGGCAGGACUGGCCAACCUCGCUGGCAUCUGAGGGCCACAUGCACUGAGUGGGUGGGGACUGCAAAUGGACCUUCCUGGACAGCUGUCAGGCCCAUGGUGCCCCUGAGAGAAGACUGGGGAUUUGGUCUGAAUCAAUUUCACAUUUCUGAUACUGUCCCCAAGUGAUGGGGCCUUUGGGAAGAAAAUUAGAAGCAUUCCUGGGCAUGACCUUUUACCUGGCCGCAUUCAGGCAUCCAGUUAACACCUCAGGGAAGAGCCCACAGACUAACAGAACUGGGGAUCUCAGCAUCCUGGGAGUGUCUGUUUCCUGAUACU